AUGGCUGGCGGUGAUACUAAGAAGGGUGCCAACCUCUUCAAGACCCGUUGCGCUCAGUGCCACACCGUCGAGGCCAACGGCGGCAACAAGAUCGGCCCUGCCCUGCACGGCCUCUUCGGCCGCAAGACCGGCUCCGUCGACGGCUACGCCUACACCGACGCCAACAAGCAGGCCGGCAUCACCUGGGACGACAAGACCCUCUUCGCCUACCUUGAGAACCCCAAGAAGUACAUUCCCGGCACCAAGAUGGCCUUUGGUGGCCUGAAGAAGGACAAGGAUCGCAACGACCUCAUUGCCUACCUCAAGGAGUCUACCGCUUAA